AUGCCGCUUAAGGUCGCCGUGGUCGGUGCCGGACCGGCCGGCCUGUCAACAGCUAGGUAUCUUAAGUGGGCGCACCUGUACUUUGCAAUUGAGCCCAUCGAACUUCGUGUCUUUGAGGCCGAAGAAGAUAUUGGAGGGACUUUCAAAUAUCGCGUCUACGAGGAUGCCGAGCUUGUAUCGUCAAAAUAUCUCACUGCCUUCUCCGAUCACCGUCUGCCCCAGGAUGUCCCUGAUUACGUCACCCCUGAGGUCUAUGUCCAGUACCUCAACGAGUACUGUGACCGCUUCGACCUGCGGCCUCACAUCGAAUGUUCAUCCAAAGUCACUCGCGUUCGUCGAGGUGAAGAUAGAGGCCAUAUCGUCACCGUUACUCGUUCCGAUGGCACUACCUUGGACUACGCAUGCGAUGCCGUCGCCGUUUGCUCCGGGCUAAACGUCGAACCAAGGAUUCCACCUUUCAAGGGCCUCGAAAAGAUUCCCAAGGUGCUCCAUUCAUCGGAAUUCAAGUCCCGCGACCAGUUGCGGGAUAUCAAGAGUGCAAACCCGACAGUCGUGAUUGUCGGCACCGGAGAAACCGGACAAGACCUUGGCCAGCUCGCUGCCACAACCAAGAGCGUGAAGCACGUUGUCAUGUGUCACAGGGACGGCUUUGUGGUGGCACCAAAGACUGCGCCGGCUCCUGCCAUGUUCGGGUUCUGGGGAAAGGGGUUCAACUUCAAAGAGAAACCUGUUGACUGCUCAAUUGCAAGUUUGUUCGACACUGCAUAUGUGCCUUCGAGGCUGCAGUCGAGUCAAUUGCUCUGGGAUUUCUACAACCAACAGAUAGACGUUACGUUUUCGCUAAUGGGCGGGGCGGCUGGUGGCUGGGACCAACUUAUUGGAUGGAUGCCUCGGGAGAGGAUGCACAUCGAUCACUUCUUCCCCGCGAAAUCUACCCGAGCAGUCCCUUACAUAUCUGCACCCUGGCGCCGUCCGCUUUCCAUCAUGGAACGAAUUCGUCGAUUCUUCUUCUACAUCAAGGAGUUCGACGUCGACACCAAGGGACGGUACAUUGAUGUCGCCCCCUGGCCCGAGUAUGUCGACGACGACGGCGUCAUGCACUUCCGUGACACUGGAAGGCCGGAAUCCGAGAAGAUGAAGCAGAUGGUUGUCAAACCGGAUGUGGUUCUGUUUGCGACAGGAUACACUCGCCGCUUCCCAUUUCUAGAUGAGAGUUAUGGUACACCAGACACGGCGGAUGUCCGGGCCAUAUACCACUCUAACGACGUUUCUGUGGGCUUCAUCGGCUUUGUGAGGCCGAAUUUGGGGGCCAUUCCACCAUUGGCUGAGAUGCAAACCCAGUUCUGGAUCCUCCGCCUCCUCCAGUUCGAGUAUCCCAACAACCCAGGCCUCGCAUACUCGCCAAACUCUGAUCCUCUCGACCCGAAUGCCCUGCCUGGAUACGACAUUGACUGGAAGUUACAUCCUCGCUGCGGCCGUGAUCCCUGGGCCGAGAAGCGCGGCGUUGAUCAUGAGAGCUACGUUUACCAGCUGGCUCUCGACAUCGGCUCUGCUCCCCGCUUCACCUACGUCCUUUCCAAGGGCUUCAGGGCCGUAUACACAUGGGCCAUGGGCAGCAACUUCAACACUAAAUUUCGCUUGGUGGGCCCAUGGAAAAAUGAGGAAGAAUCACUGCGUAUUAUGCGAGGCGAACUGUUUGAUGUUGUCAAGCAGUCUGGCGGUCUGAUGUACUUUUUUUCGAACAGCUUGAUACCCUUUUUCAUAUUCGGGACGAUGAGCAUGGCCAUUCACACGUGGGAAUGGGCCAAGAGCGUGUUUUGUCGGCGACGGACGAAUGGCCGCAUUCGCCUUGCCGAGUAA